AUGGCCGGCAAGCCACCAGAAGACCUAAGUACUUCUCAGUUCACCGAGGACUGGUCUAAAGAAUUUAGAAGCCACUGUUCUGAUUAUGUCCAGCUGGCCUUUAUCACAUCUUGUCUCUUUAUUUUUGUGGGAGGUAUCAUUAUGAUCUUGAUGGUGAGAGUAAUCCAAUCGCUAUUACAUAAGUGGUCCUUGAAAUAUUCCAUUCACUUUCAGGUAAGUUUGUUUACCAAUAAGAUGAAUUCGCUGAGUGUAUGGAAAGGAAAGUUUCAAGACAGGGUGGUAAUGAUGAUCUCAGCUCAGACAUCUAUAGGCCGUAUUCUGGUAAUACUGGUGUUCCUAUUUAGUAUUGGGUCACUCAUCCUUUACUUCAUCAACUGUUACAGUGUUAAAGAGUUUUGUCUCACUUUUGAAGACCAGACAAUUGUGAUCGAUCUAUUCUUUAAUGUAUUUUUUCUUCUGCAUUUUGGAUUGCGGUUUUUGGCAGCCAGUGACAAGCUAGCAUUCUGGUUGGAGCUUAAUUCCAUUGUGGAUUUCUUCACCAUAACUCCAGUCUGUAUAGCCUUCUAUCUAGGAAAAAAUUGGCUUGGUUUACGCUUCUUAAAAGCAUUGAGAUUGGUAGAACUUCCCAAAAUUUUGCAGUUCCUUCAAGUCACCACUAGUGGUACUGCAAUCAAGCUGUCUAAACUUCUUGCGGUAUUUGUCAGUACCUGGCUCACGGCUGCAGGAUUUCUUCACUGGAUGGAGAAUUCUGGAGAUCCCUGGGUAUAUCACAGCAAUCAUCAAAACUUGACUUACUUUGAAUGUUUAUACUUGAUCAUGGUAACGAUGUCUACAGUUGGAUAUGGAGAUGUAGUGGUCCAAACCACCAUAGGACGGGUGUUCAUACUUUUCUUCAUUGUUGCUGGUCUGAUCCUCUUUGCAAAUUUGGUGCCUGAAAUAGCAGACAUUGUUGGAAGCAGAAGAGUCUACAUGGGCACCUAUGUAUAUGUGAAAGGCAGAAAGUUUAUUGUUGUUUGUGGCAAUAUCACUCUGAGCAGUGUGACUGCUUUCUUAAGUGACUUCAUAACUCAGGACAAAGGAGACAUUGCCUGUGAGAUAGUCUUUCUGGGAGAACACCCUCCCACUCUGGAACUAGAAACUAUAUUCAGAUGCUACACUGCAUAUACCUGUUUUUUCCAAGGUUCUGUCAACAAUAAUAAUGAUCUUCUGAGAGUUAGCAUGGGUAAGGCUGAAGCAUGCCUCAUUUUAGCUGAUAUAUGUUCUACUGAUCCUUAUACAGAGGAUAUUUCUAAUGUCAUGAGGGUACUGUCUAUCAAAAAUAAUUUUCCAAAUACCAGAGUCAUAAUACAAAUCAUCCAGUCUUCUAACAAGGUUUACUUGUCAAAACUGCCUGGGUGGAACUGGAGAAAAGGCGAUAGUAUCAUCUGCUUUGCUGAACUCAAGCUUGGAUUAAUAGCUCAGAGUUGUGUGGUGCCAGGUUUGUCCACACUGUUGACCAGCUUGUUCAUUAGAGAAGAUAUAGAGCAUAUGGAUGUUUGGAUUAAGUACCAGCAUGAAAUAGAAGGCAACGACUAUAAAGUGAUGACUCAGCUUCUUUCCAAUGAUUUUGUUGGCAUGUCCUUCAAAGACAUUUGUCGACUGUGCUUUCUGAAGCUGGAUCUCAUACUUCUUGCUAUUGAUUUUCGAGCUGGAAAACAAGGAAACAGCAUCCUGAUCAACCCACCUUCUGAAAUUAAACUCCAAUACAACACAAUGGGCUUUUUCAUUGCUGCCUCUACCCGAGAACUGAAAAGAGCUUAUUAUUAUUGUACACAAUGCCACAGUGGGAUCACCAAUCCUGAGCACAUUGCGAAAUGUCGUUGCAAAAGAAAAAGUAUAAAACAUCCAAUCCCAGAUACUGGUAAUUUAAUUUUCAUUUCAGCAGCUUUAAUACAUUCAGAAGAUGAAGAAGAAGACGAAAUAGCUGGUUCUUGCGCAUUGGAUUCUACAAGAAUGUUUCAUUGGUGUGAAGCUGUUCCUUUUGAAAUGGCUCUCUUGAAAUUCAAAAAGAAGUUUUCCGGUGUCUUGCACGAUCACAUUGUAGUCUGUUUUGGAGAUGCCACUUCAACCAUGAUUGGAUUACGCAACUUUGUGAUGCCUCUGCGAGCUAGCAACUAUGCAUUCAGUGAGUUGAAGGACAUCGUCUUUGUUGGCAGCAUUGAAUACCUUGAACGGGAAUGGGAAUUCAUCAACAAUUUUCCAAAACUUCACUUACUGAAGGGCAGUGGACUAUCUUGUGCAGAUCUCAAAGCAGCUGGCAUCCAGUACUGCAGCAUGUGUGCCAUUCUGUCAGCCAAUGCCGGAGCUGCCAGUAAUCAAACUCUAGUGGAUGCCAAAUCAAUAUUGGCUACCCUGAAUAUACGUUUUUUGCAGUUCAAACAAACUUCACCAACAGGUGCUGAGCUUGUUAGCUGGAAAGCUGAUGGCUGGGCUCAAUCAACCACUUUUUCCAAACGGAUCUCUGUCAUCACCGAGCUAAAGGUAGCUGCAAAUGCACAAUUCUUUCAACAGACUGGAAUGGAAAACGCUGACAAGUUAGACGAGAACUUAUCCAAAGGAUCACUGUUUUCAGACAGCUUUUUGGAUUCUCUCUUGUGCACAACCUACCAUAAUUACCAUGUGCUGGCCUUGCUUCAGACGCUGGUGACAGGUGGGACCAGCCCAGACCUUGAAGAAUAUUUGGAAGAGGGGAGUUCACUGACUAGCAAUCAUAGCAAUGGCCUUGUUCUUGGGACUAGAAAUAGAUGUAAACUGGCUCUUUUAACAUUAGUAGAUGAUCCAGAGUUAAUGGAAGGGCUGCUGCUCUUCUUCGGUGAUGUGUUCAUUAAAGCCCUUGAUAUGUAUGGAAUUCUUUGCUUAGGUAUCUAUCGCCUGAAACCUCACCCCAAUCCAUAUGAAAUCAGGAAAGUAUAGUUUGUGAUUGCUCGGCCACCCACUAAUUUUGAGCUCCUCUCUUCUGAUCAACUCUUUUGCCUUGUUCCAUAUAAUAUUUUAUUCAAAGACCUAACAAACGUAGUGAAAUCUGUUCUACCAAAACCUCAAAGGAUUAGCAGUCAGAAGAAAGAAAAAGAAAUUUCCUAUACAAAUAAAGUAUUCUUUCUUUAA